AUGGCCGAGGAAGGCAUUGCUGCUGGAGGUCUAAUGGACGUCAAUACUGCUUUACAAGAGGUGCUGAAGACCACCGUCAUCCAUGAUGGCCUAGCACGUGGAAUACGCGAAGCUGCCAAAGCCUUAGACAAGCGCCAAGCCCAUCUUUGUGUGCUUGCCUCCAACUGCGGUGAACCUAUGUAUGUCAAGUUGGUGGAGGACCUCUGUGCUGAACACCAAAUCAAUCUAAUUAAGAUUGAUGACAACAAGAAACAAGGGGAACAGGUAGGCCUCUGUAAAAUCGACAGAGAGGGAAAGACCCAUAAAGUGGUUGGUUGCAGUUGUGUGGUGGCUAAGGAUUAUGGCAAAGAGUCUCAGGCCAAGGAUGUCAUCAAGGAGUACUUCAAAUGCAAGAAAUGA